CGGGGCGGGGCCGGGGCCUGGGCCUGCCGGGCGGUGGGAACUGAGGUCUGCCGCCCGCGGUCUGGGGAGCACAUGCCGAGCUGCUCUGCGCCGCCCCACGAGUCGGCAGGUCUGCGAGGCUGGGUCCGGGCCCCGCGUCCCGGCAGCGGCCGCUCUCUGCGCCCGGACCUGGGAGCCGCCGCGCCGUGCCGGCCGUCCGACCCUCCCCCGGGCCUCUGACUGCUCUUCCUCGGGAUACAUCUCCAAGAGUGGAAUUGCUGGGACUUGGUCCUCACAGAACCCACAGACCCUUCCUGAAGAAGUUUGCAGUUUCACUCAGAAAGGGAAUCCAGCACUGGAGAGGCCGCCUUCGAUCCCCGGUACUGGAAGGAAGAAAAGAGCUGGACGUUGGUACAUCGGAUAUAUUUGCAGGAGGAGGCUUUUCCGAGGAUGGUCUCCCACUCAGAGCUGAAGCAACUUUUCUGUGCGGCCGAUGCGGUGUGUUUUGACGUGGACAGCACGGUGAUCAGAGAGGAGGGAAUCGAUGAGCUGGCCAGGUUCUGUGGCGUGGAGGAUGCUGUGUCAGAAAUGACACGGCGAGCCAUGGGUGGGGCCCUGCCUUUCAGAGCUGCGCUCACUGAGCGCCUGGCGCUGAUCCAGCCCUCCAGGGAGCAGGUGCAGAGGCUCCUGGCGGAGCGCCCCCCACACCUGACCCCCGGCAUCAGGGAGCUGGUCAGUCGCCUGCAGGAGCGCAAUGUGCAGGUCUUCCUCAUAUCCGGUGGCUUCCGGAGCAUUGUGGAGCAUGUGGCUGCCAAGCUCAACAUCCCCGCAGCCAAUGUCUUUGCCAACAGGCUGAAAUUCUACUUCAAUGGUGAAUAUGCAGGUUUUGAUGAGACACAGCCAACAGCCGAGUCUGGUGGGAAAGGAAAAGUUAUUAAAUUUCUAAAGGAAAAAUAUCACUUUAAGAAAAUAAUCAUGAUUGGAGACGGAGCCACAGACAUGGAAGCCUGUCCUCCUGCCGAUGUUUUCAUUGGAUUUGGAGGAAACGUGAUCAGGCAGCAGGUGAAGGACAAUGCCAGAUGGUACAUCACUGAUUUUGUGGAGCUCUUGGGUGAACUGGAAGAAUAAUCCUCAUUUUUACACCACUGGUGACAACUUCAGAUUAAUUUUUUAAAGUUACACAGAUUGACACUAUUUGCUUACAGUUGCCUAUGACAACUUAAUAUAUAAAGUCAGUACUGAUUUUCUGUAUGUUCAAAUAAAUUAUAGUUAGGUCUCCUGGAAGAUGGGUUUUUUUUGUUUUGUUUUUUGUUUUUUAACCUGUAGUUCUGGCAUUGGUACGAUGGUCAAUUACCUGGAGAGUUUUAUUACCUGAAUUCCUGUAUACACUGCUGGCUGUAUUUUACUUGACGCCUUUUAAGGGUAUAUAGUAAAGUAAGCACCUUCCUCCAGGGAGCGUGGAUUUGGCAGCCUCAAGUAAACAAAUAAAGAUCUAUCCACUCACCA